UUGACACAACUACCCUCAACCCAUUCCCGCAUCAGGACAACCACCCACCUCUCACCACCUCCUUUCCCACCUCCUACUCCGCCCUCUACCUCCCCCUUCCACAUCCUUCCCACAAUCUCGCAUCUCCUUUCUCUCCCCCUCCUCUCUCUCUUUCUCUCCGCAUCUGUCUGUCUGUCUGUCUGUCGCUCUCCCUUCCUUCUUCCACUCAUUCCUCACCUACUCUUCUUCACGCUCAACCCCAAUUUGGGUGCUGCAACAGACUUCCUCAGCAUUGCCGCAACCACAACAACCUCCACCUCCAUCUCUGCCACCUCCGCCACCUUCACCAGCACCACCAUCGUACGUGUGACACCUUCUUCCUCUCCAUAA